CAUGUGAAGCAAACUUCUAGACCAUGCCAAAGCUAUUCCUUUCUUCCCUGCUUAACUUUCUUGGCUGCCAAGCUUAGAACCCAUUCCCUUAUAUAAUCAACCAUGUCAAAACCUGCAGUUCCUAUCACUCUCUCUUGUAACCAUGUCGAACUACACAUCCUCAUCUGACUCCGACGAUCAACUAGAGGCCCCAGUUAAACUCUUUGGUCGGCAAAGACCUCUACAUGACAUUUUUGGAGGAGGAAGAGUUGCUGACGUGUUGUUAUGGAGGGACAAGAAGCUAUCAACUGCAGUUCUAAUCGGGGUGACGUUUUUAUGGAUCCUCUUUGAAGUUGUUGAGUACAACUUUGUUACACUUGUGUGUCACAUCUCCAUCACCACCAUGCUUGUUGUCUUUAUUUGGAGCAACACUGCACCUCUCUUGUUCCAUCGUCCUCCAGAAAUUCGACAGAUUAAUGAGCUCUUAUCCGAGUCAACAUUUAAAGAAGUUGCUUUGAACUUCCGCACGAAAUUCAACCAAUUUCUGUCAAUCCUCUAUGAAAUUGCAAGCGGCAAAGAUUUAAAGCUUUUCCUUCUGGCAAUCACUUUACUUUGGAUAGUCUCUGUACUUGGGACCUAUUUCAGCACUCUGAAUCUUCUUUAUCUUGGACUCCUUUCCAUACAAACGCUGCCAGCUUUAUACGAGAGGUAUGAGAAAGAUGUGGAUCAUCUUGCCAGCAAGGGGAACCGAGACAUGAAGAAACUGUAUCGCAAAUUUGACUCCAAAGUUCUUAAGAAGAUCCCAAGAGGGCCAACGAAGGACAAGAAAUUGAAAUAAACCAGAAGGUGCAAGUUUGGAAUUGAUUCACCGAAAAUUUAUGAUGGGAGUUCUAACAAUAUCAGUUCUUUCCGGAUCUAUUGAUUUCUUUUGAGAGUUACUGUGUCCUUGUUUUUUCUCAAGAUGACAAUUUAAUUGGUGUUGAUUGAAUCUCCAUGACUCCUCAUUGUAAUUCUUUCCAAGGAGAUCACCGUCUACCCACCAUUUCUUUCCUUUUGAAUGUAGAGACUGACGCAAUAAUAAAGAAAUCUAUUGAUCAUAACCAA